AUGCCUGUCACCGACUAUGCCAAAGUCGCAAAGGAGGGUAAGAGAUCGCAGAUGUCGUCCUUCUUGCACUGGGUGCAGUUGAAGAAAUACCAAUAUGAAGUCACUUUCUCGCUCUACAUGCUCACCCCGACGGAAAAGUGCAUUUUCAACUUGAUCCUGUUCCUGCUGGUCUCGCUACUCGUGACGGCUGCAACGCUCUACCUCCCAAACCACCUCGUCAUCAUUUACCACCGUAUCUGCUACUAUAUUUCCGGUGAAUUCGCCUACAAGUCGUCAACAAACCUGUCACAGGAAGCAGCUGCUCUCACGGCAGAUGGCUUGCGCGUUGCUUCAGGAGCCAUAGAGUCGGUGGUGACUCCAACCUUGCGUGCGGUGGAAGCAGCCCGGGAAACCUUGAGGGAACUUUGA